ACUUUCCCUAAAUCGCGUUUCUACAAUUUCCUCUGUUCUCCCCAACAAAAAACCCUGCUCAGAAAUGUAGUAGUGAUUUAGCUGAAGAAAAAGCUCAGACAUCCUCGAAAAUGGCCGCUCGCUUAGCCUCCUCCUCCAAACGCCUCUCCUCUUUUCUUAUCUCAUCGAAAGUGACUCCAUUUUGUCGGGCUUACUCCUCCACAAACAUUGUUGGUGAAUCGCCAAUUCUUGUGAGGGAUUUUAUUCAUUCGGCUCUGUACGAUCCGGAACAUGGCUAUUUUUCGCAACGAUCGGCCUCCGUCGGACAACUCGAUAGCAGCAUUAAGUUCAAUCAGCUUCAAGGGCGGAAAGCGUAUAUGAAGUACCUCGAUGCAAUUUACAAGCGGAGUGAUAUAUCAUGGUUUACUCCAGUCGAGCUAUUUAAGCCUUGGUAUGCCCAUGGAAUAGCCGAAGCAAUUAUGCGGACAGCAAAUUUUUCUGUUCCCCUGAAAAUAUACGAGAUUGGAGGUGGAUCGGGAACUUGUGCAAAGGGUGUGAUGGAUUACAUAAAACUGAAUGCACCUACAAGAGUUUAUGAUAACAUGACUUACGUUUCAGUAGAAAUCAGUCCUACACUUGCCAAAAAACAACUAGAAACUGUCGGAGAAGUAGAUAGCCACCUGGCAAAGUUUAGCGUAGAAUGUCGUGAUGCGGCCGAUCCAAAUGAAUGGGGUCACGAGGAGCAACCUUGUUGGGUUAUAAUGUUAGAGGUGCUCGAUAAUCUUCCACACGAUCUUAUCUACUCUAAAGAUCAAGUCUCAUCUUGGAUGGAAGUGUGGGUUCAAAAGACACGCGACGGGCAAGAACUGUCUGAGCUGUAUAAGCCCCUAGAAGAUCCAUUAAUUACGAGUUGCAUGGAGAUUCUUGAUAUCUCAAAAGAUGGUAGUACACGGGGAAGCAUGGCUGGUUCAUUUGCGAAAAAUAUUUGGGCUAAAAUUUUCCCGAGUCCUCGAAAAUGCUGGCUACCAACCGGUUCUUUAAAACUUCUCCAAGUUUUGCAUGGUGCUUUACCGAAGAUGUCUUUAAUUGCAUCCGAUUUCAGCUACCUUCCUGAUGUUAGAAUACCUGGUGAACGAGCUCCUUUGGUUUCAAGCAAGAAAGAUGGCAAAAGCUCGGAUCUCAACAGCUAUCUGGAUGCAAAGGGUGAAGCUGAUAUAUUUUUUCCGACGGAUUUUUGGCUUCUUGAAAGAAUAGAUCAUCAUUGCUCCGUAAAAUUGAAGCCGCGUGAUAUUUCUUCCAAGAAAGGAAAGAAGAGGCGCACACUUACGCUGGACACGUCAUCGUUCAUGGAAGAAUUUGGUCUUCCGACAAAGACGAGAACCAAAGAUGGCUACAACCCUAUGCUUGAUGAUUUCAAGAACACUAAAUUCUAUCUUAGUGUUCCAACACAUAAUACCAAAUAAAAUGGCAGACGUAAAUCGACAUCCCUUUCUAUUUUCAAGAUGCAAACGUGCGUCCGUCUAAAGAAGUCGUUUUUUUCCAAUCUUGCUUUGGACUGAAAAUGAAUUACAAGAAAGCCCUCGACGAAUCACUUCUUCAGUCUCGGCUACUAAUCGACAUUGAUGACUGACACAACUGAAGGCAAAUUACCCAAGGCAAAUGAUCGAACGGAAUAUUCUUUUUUUCUUUUUUGUCACAUUUGAACGAGUUAUUGUCGGCUGAUACAUUUGUUAAGCAUCGAGUUAUUGGUUUCUCGACUAUUAAUCAUUUUUCUUAAAGAA